GCCAACUAUUCAUACGCCAGCCGUGGAGAGUAACAGUAAAAAUGGGUUUGAUUUUCCUGAAAUUUUGACAGAAUUCAGACAAAAACAAAAAGGAUUCUUGGACCAAAUUAAAGACAGUAAUAUCCUUAAGCAUCUAAUCGUCGUGUAUUUAGUCUAUUGGUUAAAUAACCGCCCAAAAUCGUCGAAAAUUCACGACCGACCUAUAUUCGGUCGUACUACUAUAUAAUCGGCGUCUUGUGCGUCGACGGCGUCUAAUUUCACGUCUACUUAGCGUGCUAACGACCGGAUAAAGAUUGUAUUGUGCAAACAAAGGUAAACACAUGAAAAAUCGCCCGAAAAUCGCGGACUACAUUUAGUGCAUAAAUUAUGCAAAUGAGGUCUCAAAUAUGGCGCAUGUAACUAAUUUCAACUGUUUUUUUAUGUAAAAACUUGAAAGUUCUCCAACAGAAAAUUAACGUACUUCAAAUCACUAGAUCUGAAAUAUGUGUAGUAGGAUUCUAUCUUAUGUUACGUUUUUAUAUUAUGUAAGCACCUUUCAAUGUUGACGCAUUGUUUCUUAAUUAAUUAGCCAAUGUAGUAUUUGCAGUUACAAACUUACCUCUAAAACAACCCCAAAGUUUUAACAAAACUUCCUUUGUUUUUUUUUGUGAUGUGUCACGUGACAAUGACUGCGUUCUAUGUACUUUGUCUUAAAUGGUUAAUAUGAACAAUGGCCAAUUUAGAGUGAUUUACACAAUGCUGCAAUCAUAACGAACAUUUUUGAUAACAACCAUUCUUCAGCUUUUCCAGAAAAAGAAACAGCAAUAAUAGUUAGUUACUAAGAAAAUAGUUCGAGGUCACGUGAUUAACUUUGGAUGGAUGGCGGGAAAUUCUCUUGCCCUAAAAAACACGUUUUAAUAACUUCCUUAUUUUUGGUAUAAAACUGUUAUGUUUAUUCAUUACGUGAUAAAAGGAAAUAUUUUAAAGAAAAAGAUUUUCUUUAACCACAAAAAUAACAUUUACUGUUAAAGCUAAAACUGAUUUUACUGUAUACUAAUACGUAAUAGUUUAUGAAGUUAUCGAGAAAAAUGAAUCACAGCUUUUAAGUAGGUCAAAUAGAGAAUACUUAUAUAACGAAUUUAUAAUUUGCAUAAAACUUAUGUUUAAUUUAUAAUAUUAAAUAGCUAAUGUAAUUUCUUCAAACUUGUUACGUAGGUGGAUGUUUUGAAAUGAACAAUCGAAUUAUAUCGCGGGCGUUUAGCUGGGAAAGCCUUAGAAAGUACACUUAUUCAUAAAUAUGUAUAUAUAGACCUCAUGCAACGAUUAUGAUUGACCUUUGGUUUGGAAUAUUGCUAAUCACAGCAAAUUUACUAGGACAUUUUAUCUCACGCUUUUUUGAAUGAUAAUCCUUACAUACGAAACCUAGUCAUUAUUUUGUCCUAAAUUGAGUCUCGUGACCUAUGACCUCUUUGUUUUAAAAUUUGCAUACUCUCAAAUAUUGCCUUCUUUUUUGAGAAACAUUGUAAGUAAUCUCUAUAAUGCUUUGCAGUUAUGUCUCAAGAGGAGUUAGAGGAUGGUGAGCUGGAAGAUGGGGAAGUAGAAGAUGAACAAAUAGAAGAACAGGAACUCGAACCGGAACAAGUUUGUGAAGAAGAAAAGAAAACAGACAAACCAGACGAAGGAACAGAUAGCUCAGAAGGUCAAGGACGAGUAAAGAAAAAGAAAAAAAAGAAACAUAAACGAAAAAGAGACAAAGAAGAAGAGGAAAGAAAAGUUAAAAGACAAAAAAAUAAUGAAGAAGAUUACACAGAUGAUGAAUGGGAUAGCUUUUAUGGGCCUGUUGGCUCUCCUAAUGACAGACGACGAAGGAAAUUCUCUGACUCUCCAACGAAUUUUCGAGAAGAUAACGAAGAUAGAGACGACGAAGAAAGAGAACGAAAAAAAUUAUCAAGAAAGGACACUGAAGAGCUCGUAGAAGACGAAGGUGAUAAUCGGGCUCCAGGUAGAGGUCGUCGUCGAUCAGGGCGAGAGAAAAGUCGUCUUGGUAGGGAAAGAAGUGUUAGGGAUAGUCAAAGAGUUUGUAAAUACUUUCACGAGGGACGAUGUCACAGGGUUUGUAUUAAAAAUUCUUUCAUAAAUUUGCGUAGAGUUUAUCAAAUUUAAGCAAAAUUCUAAAAAGUGAGAAAUAUUUGAAUUGUAUUAGGAAAAUUGUAAAUCCGAGAUAGUAAGCGAUUAUUUUAAAAUAGUAAAAUGAUAAGAACUUGGAAACUUUUUUUUCUAGAUUCCAAAGUUCAAUGGUCGUGAAAUUGGCCAAGAGACGAAAUAUCUUAGCUUUAAGACAAAUUUUCCCAUUGUUAAAGUUAAAAAUUAAAAAAAAGUUAUACUACAUAGAUACAGAGCAUACUUGUGUAAGGAAUACUUCGAACGGAGACAUUCCCCGCAGACUUGUGAUAUCUGAUUGUCCCAUUUAUCUAAAGAUCUCUCAUUUAUCUUAUGAUCAAGUCGAUUAGAAUAAUUCUAUUUAAUCCUGAUAAAAGCAUACAAGUGGAUAGGACGGAUGAAACAAUUUAUAGUACCGGCUCUUUUAAAUUGAAUUAUUGAAUAGUUUAACUAGCAAAAGUUAACGACUAUUUUCCUCUUCCUGUCUUUUGAAUGCUAUGUUUGCGUACAAACAGGGUGAUAGCUGUAAGUACAGACACGAAAGAGCAAGGCCACUGCGAAGAAAGUUGGAAUUGUGUAAAUUUUUCCUCAAUAAAAUUUGUACAAAGGGAAGCGACUGCAUUUUUAUGCAUGGUGACUACCCCUGCAAAUAUCAUCAUAUGGGAAUGACGUGCUAUUCUGGAGAAUCCUGUAAAUUUAGUCAUUCAGCCCUGACGGAAGAGACAAAAAUUAUAGUGGAGAGGAUGAAAUCCGAAAGACGAAACGGUGUUAGCAUGGCUAAUUUAGACGAGGUGCAAAAAACAAAAGAUGAUGAAAUACCACCUCGUCAAGAUCCUCCAAGGAAAAAAGCGCUUUUAGGAUCACCUCCCGAUCCUUUUAGAAAUCAAGAGCGAUUGAAUUUCAAUCCUAUGGAUCAAAAUGUAAUUAAUCAUCCUAUGCCUGAAAAUCAAUUUCCUCAAUUUAACGGUCCUCAAUCUAAUCAAUUUAACCCGCAAUAUAAUAAUAUGAAUCCUCCUGGUCAAAGAUUUAGUCAGGGAUCUAUCCCACCGCCAUACAUGAACCAGAAUGCAGAGAAUAAUCUUGGUGAAGGUGAGAAAAAACAGAGCGCAAUACCUUCUAUCUUCGAUCUCGAUGUUAGGCCAACAGCUUCCUUAAAUUUGCAAAAUUUCGAAAAAUGUCCAGCAACACCUCCAGGAGAUGCCGAUUUUGGAUCAGAAGAUAUCCAGCAUAUACAACCUCAAAACCUAAACCAAAAUCAACAGCAAUUUCCAAUAGAACCUGAUCAGCCUCCAUUUAUGAAUCGAAAUGGUCCUAUGGGAUAUGGGCGUCCUCGAUUCGAGUCCUUUCCUAGCAGACCGGGCUUGCUCGGAACCGCUCCUGGUAUGCCUGGUGGAGGUAUUAUUCAACAAAAUAACAUGAAUCAGAAUAUGUACUACAGACAAAAUUCAGGACAAGGGCCGGGUCAGGGUCCAAGACCCGACUAUGGUCCUGUUGAUUCUCUAUUGGGGCCUGGUGGUGGGGUUGUACCGCUAUCUAAUUCUCCUGCUCCGCUUGGUACUGCAAGAAAUAUUUUAGACGAAGCUCUUUCUUCGGCUAGAAACGAAAGUAAUAUGGAGAAUCACGCUCCUGCUGAUCCAAGAAAGAGAUCUGAUUCAGCUCAAGCAUGUCAAGUAUCUGCUGAUCCUAGAAUAAAUCAAUCAUCUACCGUUGCCUCAACUCCCCCUGUAUCAGUUCCUGAGCCAGUAUUAUAUAAACCGGUAGAAGAUUUUCAAGUAUUCUCUGAAGAAGGUGAUAUAAAGGAUUAUGUCCUCAUAGAAGUAUUGGUCGAAGAGCAUCAGAGAGCGGGAACCUUGCCCGAUAAAUUCGAAAUCAACGCAGAGAGCCAUUAUAAAGAUGAUCCUAGAAUUAUCAAAGCUUUAAAAAAUCGACAAGACAAAUCGAAAUUCAAUCAAAGCACGACACUCCCCGAGCUGCCUGAUUUAAACGAAAUUCCUAAAUCAAAAAGUCUAUCAGCCCCGUCUGGUGUAAAUAUUCCUGCUGCACUUUUGAGACCGCCUUCUCAGGAUUCCGUUGAUGACCCUCCCAACGCAAUUCAUAAAAGAACCCUUAGUGCGAGCUCUGACGAGCAAGAGAGCAAAAAGGUUGACGAUUUAAGAUCAUAUAGAUCAGAUCCCCGAUUUAAAAAGAAAUCAAGAAAAUCAGACGCUAAAAUUGAAGAAACAUUAGAAGAAACUACGAUACAAGACGAUGAUGCUGAUAAGCCUCCACCAACUCUAUCCGCAUUAAAUGCAGAUUCGGAGGAUCCCUCAAGUGGUGUUAAAGAAAUGUUUCAAAGCUGGGAUCCUACAUCAUCACCUUUUUUGAGUUGUUCAUGAUAUUUAAUGUUUUUGAAAAUUGUAUAGUUGUGCAUAGUUUUUGUGACCGAUUUUUUUUAAGAAAUGCCAAUGGAGUAGAUUAAAUAUUUAUUAAAGUUUAACGAGAUGCUUUUAUUUUCUCACAUAUCAACUGUACUGUAUACAUAUGCAACAUAUACAGUAUCCUUUGCAUGUAAGUUAAUUAUGUACGUCCGAAGAGAAGUUGAUUUUAUAUAUUGUGUGGAUUUAUAUAUAGAGUGUUUAUAUUGCAUGUAUAUUCACACUAUAGAUAAUUCCUUUAUAGAAAAACUUCAAUCUUAGGAAAAUAAAUAUCAAUUAUGUUUAUCAAAUUUUCCUUCAACCCUAAUCUCCCGCCCCCUCCCCUCCUCUUUUUUUAUUUUUAUUCAACAAAUAAAAGACUAUUGUACAUAUUUUUUUAAAAUAUAUUUAAUAAUUAUUCAAUAAAAGAUUCAAUUAAAAAGACA